UCCCCUGACAGCAUCUACGUCGGCCUCGGCCUCGCCAUCUGGCUCCUCCUCUGCGUCAGCGAACUCCUCAGCUUCUUCUGGGCCACGACCCUCUGCCUCCUCACCGCCAUCUCCCUCACCAUCUGGUACCACUGGAGCAUAACCUCCAAGUACAUCAUCUUCCUCUGGCAAAGCUACAAAAGCUCAAAAGCCUACCCAUACAUCCACCCCAUCAUCGCGGGCAUCCCACACACCAUCCUCAUCACAAUCCUCAAGCACAUCUGGGUCCCCAUCGCCGCAGCAUCAGUCCGCAUCCAAUGGUACUACUACAAGACCAAAGACCACUUCGAAUACGACUUCACCCUCGAAGCCGUCUCCCUCACCAUCACGCAGCGCAAAGAGCUCCUCUCCAACCGCGAGUUCUGGGCCCACCUCGCCUCAUCCCACGACCCACAGCUCCUCGCCUCCGUCCGCGCCCUGGCCUCGCGCACAAUCACGUACCGCAGCUCCCUCGUCGCCGCCGUCAACGAGCUCAACUACACCCGCGACAUCGUCGACACGCUCUGCAACGCGGCGUACGCCGCGCAAAUCGGCUACCAGAAGCGCCUCUUCGAGCACCGCCCCUACACCGUCCACCAAUACCCCAACGCCGCGGGUUCCUGCUACUCCCAGCAACCCACCUCCCUCUUCCGCGGCGGCAACGAUCCAGAACCCGCCUCCCGUCUCUUCUACACCAAAGUCUCCCGGUACCACCCCUUCUCCCCGUUCAACCCCGAAACCGACCGUUUCGGUGAAUGCCUC